UUAAGCUUUUCAAGUGUUUGUUUCCGAUUUACAAAAAUCCAAGUCAUAAUGUCUGCCAAGAUUUUGUCUGUUGCUUUGUUGGUGGCAUGCUUCGGAGCCAUCGCUGCCCAGCAAUACUACCAGCAGGGUCAUCACGAGGAGGAACACCACGCACCUGCCCACUACGAGUACGCGUACGACGUCCACGAUGACCACACCGGAGACGUGCACGGCCAGAAGGAGUCCCGAAAGGAUCACACCACCCAGGGCGAAUACUACCUGAUCGAUGCCGAUGGCCACAAGCGCACUGUGACGUACCACGUCGAUGGCAAGAGCGGAUUCAUCGCCCAGGUCCACCGGGAACCGAUCAAGGGAUACCAGGCACCGCAGCCACAGGUGCACAAGGUGCUGGCCGUCCCGGUGCAGAAGGCGUACUAUCACCAUUAGAGUUGUUAUUAAAUACUAGUCCAAUUGUAGAAUAAUAAAGUGAAUGAAGCAUGUUUUACACUAAA